CAUCUGCAAGCAGCAGUUCAACAACCUGGACGCCUUCGUGGGGCACAAGCAGAGCGGCUGCCAGCUCACCAGUGCCACCGCCGGCGCCACCAGCACCGUCCAGUUCGUGUCCGAGGAGACUGUGCCGAGCACACAGGCUCAGAGCAGCAGCAGGACCAUCGCCUCCGAGACACAAACCAUCACAGUUUCUGCACCAGAGUUUGUUUUUGAGCAUGGCUACCAAACCUACCUGCCCAGCGAGAGCACGGAGCCUCCAGCUGCUGCUGUCGUCUCCACACCACCAAAAGCAAGGUCCAAGAAAUCCUCCUCCUCCCUGCCCCUGAAGAAACUCAGCUGCCUGUACCCAGGGUGCCAGUUCAAGACUUCCUAUGGUAUGAAGGAUCUGGAACGUCAUCGGCGAACGCACACAGGAGACAAGCCCCACAAGUGCGAGGUGUGCAGCAAGUGCUUCAGCCGCAAGGACAAGCUGAAGAUGCACAUGCGCUCGCACACGGGCGUGAAGCCCUACAAGUGCAAGCACUGCGAGUACGCGGCGGCCGACAGCAGCAGCCUCAACAAGCACCAGCGCAUCCACUCCAACGAGCGCCCCUUCAAGUGCCAGAUCUGCCCCUACGCCAGCCGCAACUCCAGCCAGCUCACCGUGCACCUGCGCUCACACACAGGAGAUGCCCCUUUCCAGUGCCAGCUGUGCCCCGCCAAGUUCAAGAUCAACUCGGACCUGAAGCGGCACCUGCGGGUGCACUCGGGGGAGAAGCCCUACAAGUGCGAGUUCUGCGAGGUGCGCUGCGCCAUGAAGGGCAACCUGAAAUCCCACAUGCGCAUCAAGCACAGCACGGAGAACACCCUCAAGUGCCCCGAGUGCGACUUCCAGUGCGGCAACAAGACCAGCCUGCGGCACCACAUCCGCAGCCACCAGCCCGAGCAGCCCGUCAAGUGCUCCGAGUGCAGCUACUCGUGCUCCUCCAAGGCGGCCCUCAAGGUGCACGAGCGCAUCCACGGCAAGGAGCGGCCCUUCAAGUGCGACCUGUGCAGCUUCGACACCAAGCAGCGCAGCAACCUCACCACCCACGUCCGCAAGGCCCACGGCGACAGGGCCAAGGGCGGCAAGCGCUCGCCGGACAAGAAGGAAGGGGAGAGGCCGAAGCAGGGCGGCUCCAGGCAGGUCGCCAAGCUGGACGCCAAGAAGGCCUUUAAGUGCGACCUGUGCGACGCGUCCUUCGUGCGGGAGGACUCCCUGCGCAGCCACAAGAAGCAGCACAGCCUGUACAGCGGCUCCAAGAACGGCGAGCUGGCCGUGCUGCAGCUCCAGAUGGAUCCCGGCCGCCAGCCAGGCGCCCCCAUCACCGUCAGCCACCUCCAGGUGCCGCUUCAGGCCGCUCAGGUGGCCCCGUACAACGAGGGCAGAGUCAAGAUCAUCGUGGGCCACCAGGUGCCUCCCCAGGCCAACAGCAUCGUGCAGGCAGCCUCGGUGAACGUGGUGCCGCCGGGGCUGCUGGGCGCGGGCCAGGAGGAGGUGCUGGGCGGCGGCCGCCUGCAGCUGCUGGGCCAGGUCAGCGUGCUGGCCCCGGCCACAGGGAGCACGGGGGACACGGGGGCAGAGCCGGCCGUGCUGCUGACCGCCCACGAGCAGGGCGAGGGCAGCGCCCUGCACCAGGCCCUGCUCCCUGGGGCCGCCCCCGGCCACGAGCCCCCUGCCGGCCAGGCCUUCAUCGCCGGCUCCGGCAUCAGCUGCUCCGACCUGGAGGGGCUCAACGCCCUCAUCCAGGACGGGGCCACCGAGGUGACCGUGGUCAGCGAUGGCGGGCAGAGCAUCACCGUGUCCACGGCUGCUCCUCCUCCCCCCAUCUUCUCGUCCUCAUCCCACUCUGAGGGCCCCAAGCAGAGCUACUCCAUCAUCCAGAGCGGGGCUCACACGGCCCUGCUGUGUCCUGCAGACUCCAUCCCCGAUUAGGGGCUGCUCUGGGCACGGGGGUGUUCUGGGCACUGGGGCUCACAGGGGCUGCUCUGGGCACGAGGGUGUUCUGGGCACGGGGGCUCACAGGGGCUGUUCUGGGCACGGGGGCUGCUCCGGGCACUGCUCUCUCCUGUGGCAGUGCUGAGCCUGCCAGGAACACACAGCACACGACUGAACACAAGAUUUGUCCUCCAGAGCCACAUACCUUCCACUUCCACGCUGUGUUUGUCUGUACACUGAGGCAUCUCGUGUGUGAGGAGUAGGAGGGUGUGUUUGUAUUUCUGUAUUUCUGUGCCUCUGCUGCAGAGGCCCUGCUCCUUGGGAAGCAGCUGCUGCCAGUGUCCCCCAGCAGUGACACCCCCGGGUAUGGCUCCUGUACUGUGCUGCCUGAAGAAGAAUUCCUCUCCUUGUGCUGAAUUACCUCCAGAGCAGCCUUGUUGUUUGAUGCACAGAUGAAAAGACAAUAACCUGAGCCCUUGUGGAGUCUGCUGGACUGAGGUCUCAGUUCUGUGCUCUGUGUACAUUCAGUGCUCCUGGCUGGGCUCUGAGGAACCCCACUGCUGCUCCAGCCCAGGUGAAAUCUGAGGGCUGCUCCUCAGUAUCUGUAGAAUCAGUAGCCCCUGGCACUUGAGAUGCUGGUGCAGAGAGCAGGUGAUUGUUUUCAGAAAGUAAAAGAAUUUGUCCCUCUGUCAGUAGUAACUAACUCUGUUAGCAGCAACACAAAUCCUCUCUGGCAUGGUGAUGGCUGUCAGAGUGCCUGUGGGUUAAAGAGCAAAGCAACGGGAAAUAUAUUUUUUAUAAACACUA